UCUAUUAGUAGAUGUUUCAGUAAUAUUUGUUUUUUUUUUUCAAAUUUUUGUAAAAAAUUUUGGGAAGGAACUUGAACAAUAAAAAAAGGGCAAUGUAUUUCCAAAAUAUGUGUAAUUUCAAUUUAUUAAUUUUGUUAUAAAGGCGUUCGUUUUGUUUUGAGUGCAUUAUCAGAAUUUUCUGAGAUAAAACACAGCAUUUGAAAUAUUACAAAUAUUAUCUAAUAUUUUCGAGAACAACAAGGGGAAAAUGAAUAUUUUGGACUUACCUGAUGGUAUGCUGGAGCAAGUAAUAGAGUUUCUAAGUUACGAUGAUAUUGCUCGGAAUAGAUUGAUAUGUAAAACAUUUGAUAGAGUUGGAAAAAUUGUAUUAAAUCGCGGAUUUAGUAAAAUGGUUAGGCGUCAUAGUGUUAGUUUAAAAAGAAUCAAAUCACUAUUACCACGACGGGAAUCUGAGAGGAGAAAUCACCCCAUGGCACGGCAUGCGGAUAUACUUACUUGUAUAGAAACAAGAAUUUCUAUGUUAUCAAUGACCUAUACAAAGUAUAUGGAAUUGAAUUUGUGUUGUUUUAUACCAGGUAAGGUUAUCGAUGAAGUAAAUCGCAUUUUAAAAUUAAUAGAAACAACAAAUAGACCAUUGAGAGCCCAUGAAGUUCUGCAAGAGCUUCGAGAUAUUUCUUCUAUGGCAAUUGAGCAUUUUGAUGAAAAAAUUGCUCAUUUACUGAAAAAAGGCUUCGUUGAAUUGACCUUUCAAAAGUAUUCUUCUGGAUCUAAUCCCCCCACGCCAAAAACAAAUUCUCAGACAAACAGAAACAGCCCGCAAUUUAUUUUUGGAGUAUCAUGUAUUGAAGAUCAUUUUAAACCGAGGGAUCAUGUAAUAGUUACCCCACCUACAAAUGUUAUGCAAAGGACUUGUGGGACUACUUUUAGAUGUGUGGAAAACUCAAAUAAAUUGCAAAAAUUAGCUCAAAAAUAUAAAAUUGCUAUCAAAAAGUUUAAUCGCAUGAUUCAUAUACAAAAUAAGCAAGCAAGACAAUUACGUGAAAAUGCAGUGACAAUGUCUGAAAUGAACACCCAAAUAAUUGAGCUUAAAAGAAGGUUUGAAUUGAUAAAAUCAAGCCGAACAGUCGAUAGUUCGGACAUGACUUCAGAUACCAAUAUUACUGAGCCAUGUGCCAAUAAUUUGAAUAUUAUUAGCAUUGGAAAUGCAGAUAAUAUGAAAGCACAAAAAGGAAGGACUGCAACUAUUAUUUUGAAAAGGAGAAUCGAUGAGGACCUCAAUAAGGCAGAAGUAGACUUGGUAGAGCCACCUGCAAAAGCGACAAAACUAGAUUAAACUAUCAUCCAAUCGAAUAUUAUAAAAGCUUAAAUUUCAUUAAUAUAGUUUGUGCUUAGACUUUAAGAAUUUACAAAAUAUAUAUAAUAAUGUUAUAUAUUUUUAUACAUGUAUGUAUUAUAAUAUAAUGUUUAAAUAAUAUUAUAUAUAUAUGUAUUAAAACGGAAGAUAACUAAACAAAACUCCAUAAA